AUGGCUCGGGGCUCCAACGUUCCUAAGCCAGGUCCCGCCAGGUUGCGGCCUGGCGCAGGUCUGGAUGAGUGGCUCGAGGAAGCAAAGCAAUGCCAUUACCUGCCCGAGAAUGUGAUGAAGACCCUGUGUGAACAGGUCAAGGAAGUUUUAAUGGAAGAGAGCAACAUCCAACCGGUUGUCACACCCGUCACCAUUUGCGGCGACAUUCAUGGGCAAUUUUACGAUUUACUGGAGCUAUUUCGCGUAAGCGGCGGCAUGCCCGGUGAGCCUGCGACUGAAGCACCUACGACUGCGAAGACGGUUAUUACUGCCGACUUGAUUGAGCCGCCGACCGAGAUCACGAACCCGAAACUCAAGAAGAAGAUCAAGACACGACGUGGUAGCAAAGGAGAAGUGGAAGAAUCUGCAAUGGAGGAGGAUGAUGAAGAGGCCACCGAACCGAGCCACUCACGAUCUGCAUCUCAAGACAUCUCACCGCCCGUCAGCAACGCAGACACCCGUUUUGUUUUUCUCGGAGAUUUCGUCGACAGAGGAUAUUUCAGUCUUGAGACUUUUACUCUGCUGAUGUGCCUCAAAGCCAAAUACUCGGAUCGCAUUGUGCUCGUGCGGGGAAAUCACGAAUCGCGGCAAAUCACUCAAGUCUAUGGUUUCUACGAGGAAUGUCAACAGAAGUACGGAAACGCGUCUGUCUGGAAAGCUUGUUGCCAAGUGUUCGACUUUCUGGUACUAGCGGCGAUCGUUGACGGAGAGAUUCUGUGCGUUCACGGUGGACUGAGUCCUGAGAUUCGGACAAUCGAUCAGAUCCGAGUUGUUGCACGAGCUCAGGAGAUUCCUCAUGAGGGUGCUUUCUGCGAUCUCGUCUGGAGUGAUCCCGAAGAUGUGGAGACGUGGGCUAUUAGCCCCCGUGGCGCAGGAUGGCUAUUUGGCGACAAAGUUGCUACUGAGUUCAACCACGUCAACGGCCUGAAGCUCAUCGCACGUGCCCACCAACUUGUCAACGAGGGCUACAAGUACCAUUUUCCUCAGAACUCAGUCGUGACCGUCUGGUCUGCCCCGAACUACUGCUACCGCUGCGGAAAUGUUGCGUCCAUCAUGACAGUCGACAAGAACCUCGAUCCCAAGUUCAGCAUUUUUUCGGCAGUGCCAGACGACAUGAGACACGUGCCUGCUGGUCGGCGAGGACCUUCCGACUACUUCCUAUAG